CUAGCUCAAAGCUGUCGCGACGUCGUUUUCUGUUUUCGUUAGAAGCAAUCAACACACCGAGCCAGCGCAACAACACGACAUUGUCAUCCCUCGCCACCAUGUCGCUUUUCGGCGGCGGUUUUGGGAAUAAUAACCCUGCAUCGAGUGCCCCUUCGUCCUCUGGUGCGCCCGCGUUCAAGCCCUUGUUUGGGGGGAACACAACGACAACAACGUCCUCCGGUUCGACACCCAGCUUGUUCUCCAAUCUAGGAGGUGCUCAGGCUGCCGGCGAAGCAUCGAAACCGGCUGCUAGCUUGUUUGGCGGCGCUUCAGGGACGACUCCAGCUGCUACCACAAAACCUGGUGGGUUGUUUUCUAACUUGGGUGGUACGCCUGCCAGUACUUCACAAGGAACCUCGCAACCACCAGCAUCCGGUGGACUGGGUGGUGGUAGCUUGUUUGGCGGAGCGAGUGCUGCUGCACCAGCAUCGACAGCAGCACCGGGUCCGUCGUUGGGAGGCGCAACAUCACAGGCGCAGCCCGCGUCUUCAGGUUUCGGGGGUCUCUUCUCCAAACCCGCGGGCCAGCAAGCACCGCAAUCAACUUCGACAACAAACCCGUUGCUGAACACACAGCAAUCAGCUGGCUCGGGACAACCUUCACUCUUUGGUACCUCGCAGGCCGCGCCACAAACCGGGGGGCCUCUGUCACAGUCAAACGCCGGUACUGGUCGUUCAGCUCACUUUGAUCACCUGCUCGAACGCGGUCGCAAACGCAAUGCCGGAGAAAACGGGCUGUCCAGCUUCGACGAAUUGCCAGCUCUUCAGCUAGGCUUGGGCGACAUAGCUCGAAAGGUUCGCAACUUAGGCACUGGCGGUCCUUCGGCCGAUCAGGCGCAGGAUCGUGCUGCACAUUAUUUGCUCUCCGCAUCCGGUGUGAAGACGGGUACCACCCUUCGCGAUCUCAACCAAUUCUCUACGCAAGCUGGAUUCAACGCUACCGGAGCUGCAACAAGUUUUCUGGAUACCGAUGUCGACAGCUAUCUCUCCAAUCUUCAUUCGCAGUCGACUUUGGCAUUGAUACAGGAGGGGCUAGAACAAUCGAAACGAGACUUUGACACUUUCUUGGAAGACAACGUACAGAUCGAAUGGGACAAACAGCGCCAGAAGAUCUACGAGCAUUUUGGUCUAGGCCGGCAAAGUGAGGAGAUGGCCGCAUCACAGAGUACGUUUGGUGCCAGUACCGCUCGUGGUGCGUUUGGCAGAUCCGCGCGUAAAGGCAAAUCAAUGGGUUCCAAGGGAGCUUCUGUCAACGGUGCAUCAUUUGCUGCAUCCCAUGGUCCACCACCAGUCAUUGGCUCGGUCAUGUCGCCUUAUGGACAGAGAAAUGGCCACAGCGAGUCCCAAGACAAAUCGACAUUCGCUGGGCAAAACGGCCCCAGUGAUCGCCACACUCGGGACAAACAAGAGCGGUUUAUGGAAACCAUCAAAAGGUUGAACGAAACAAGGCUGAGAGAGACACAUUUCCCUAUUCUCCACGAGUUUGCUCAAGUAGAGAAAGCAGCUCAUGGAGAGAACUCGGACUGGUUCGUUGAUGCUUAUCAAGCGCUGGCCUCUAUCACUGGCGAGAAUAUGGAGUCAUUAGACAAUUCAGGAUAUGGACAACCGAAGGAGCGUAGCUUUCAAACUGAUUACUUGGAUGAGCAACCCAACUCGGUUCGUAGCGUUAACAACCGUAAACGGAUUCUCGACGGGUCGCGGAAGUAUUUGGAGAAGAAAUUCAUGGCUAGCGUCAAUGAAGUUCUGGAGAAAAACGCCCAGGAAGCAAGACCCGGCGGUGCGCCCUCCAACGUCAACAAAAUCAAGGGUUUUGUCCGAGCCAAGGUUGCUCAUAAAGAGCUGGGGGUUGACAUUGACUAUUUGAAUACCAUUGGAGAAUACGGUCCAAAUGGGGAAACAACGACAGUUGAAUUUCCCUGGGUCACUGUGUUCUACCUUCUCCGAGCCGGUUUAGUGCAAGACGUGGUUGAAUACGGGCAAGAGAAGAAGAGUUUCUUCAAUAAUACGGACAGAAAUUUUCUUCCUGCGGUCACCUACUAUGCAAACGAUCCGGAUCGAAGGCUCAGCCCAGAAUUGCAGCAGAGAAUCGGCAACGCGCACGCGCAACGUGUGCGCAUAGGACCUACAAACGAUCCUUUCCGUCUCGCGUGUUACAAAAUCCUCGGUCGUUGCGAGUUGAGUAGCAGAAAUUUGAGCCACAUCAAGGAAAAUAUGGAAGACUGGAUUUGGCUCCAGUUCAACCUGGCACGUGAAGGGAACCGUGCCGAAGAGAACGCAGGGGAGAUUUUCGGCUUAGAUGAGAUCCGCUCUACUACCACAGGAAUUGGUCAACGUCAUUUCAUGAACGAUGACACUGAGUCUGGCAGCGGCUACGGGGUUUACUUUUACCUGGCCACGCUUGCAGGCAUGUUUGAACAAGCUGUCAACUUCCUCUACAAACACAACUACAUCUCGGCUGUCCACUUCUCAAUCGCCCUCGAUUACUAUGGUUUCUUGCGGGUGUCUGAUUGGCGUACCGCUGGUGCGGAGAUACUCACCUACACGACCAAGCAACUGCCUCAGCUCAAUUUCGGCAGGGUAGUCGGAUAUUACACAGGCGACUUCCGUGCAGCUAGACCCGACGCCGCCGCUGAGUAUCUCGUGUUGAUUUGCUUGAAUGCAGACCUUCCCGGGGAUGCUGGUAAACAACAGGCAGAGCUUUGCCAUGAAGCACUCCGCGAACUAGUCUUGGAGACUAGGGAAUUUUCGACGCUCCUGGGCGAUGUCAGGUCCAACGGACAGUCCACCCCCGGUCUCAUCCAAGAACGAGCACCUUUGAUCAAGCUGACUGGAGAGGAUGCCCUCAUCAACCAAAUCAUUCGCGAAGCAGCCAAGGUGGCAGAUGACAAUGGCCGUGUAAAUGAUGCCGUCUUGUUGAACCAUCUCGCGGGCGAGUAUGACAGUGUGAUGUCUAUUCUCAACCAUGCGCUAUCAGAAGCUCUUUCCGUCGAGCUCGGCCAAGAGCCUCUACGUCUAGAGCCCUUGAGGCCGCGUGUAGCAACUGUCGAACAACGGGCACCUGAGCUAUCCUCCUCAAGCCUCAGUAUGCUUGCUACAGACGAUCCGGUAGAUCUCGCGGAGAAGGUCAUUACCCUCUACAACGCCCAGCAGACAUGGUGGAGGAAAAUCCAGAGAGAUAACCGCGAUACUGCCGGUGUCCUAUUCCAGCUGAACAAGAUCAAGAAGAUCAUCGAAGCUGGGCGAUACAUGGAAGCCCUUGAUCAAAUUGAGAACAUCGGCCUCCUGCCAUUGCAGGCGCGCGGCAAUCUGUCCGAUAUUCGCUCAUCUGCCAACAACUUCUCGCAAUACCGACCUGAAAUCGCUCGCAAUAUCGGCAAUGUGUUGCUUUGGUGCAUCGGUUGCUGUUCUCGACAUCGCGAAGUAUUGCUUAGUGGGACAUAUGAAGAUCCUACGAGGAGAAAUCUAGCAGACCAGCUAUUGCAAAAGGCCAAGGACUUGAUGGUGUUUGCCGGGCUGAUCCGGUACAAACUGCCUCCUAGGGUAUUUGAGACAUUGGCCAGAGAGGGAGGUAGCGUGGGAGCGUAUUGA